AUGGGGAAAAAAUCAAACAAAGAUCUUUUCGUAGAUGGAUUUUUAAAGGUUUUGAAAGAACAACAAGUCGAUGUACGGCUUAAGGCAAGGGGCAGUGAUAAGAAGGCAUCUAUCUAUUCUCAUAAGCUUAUUCUGUCUGCUAGAUCAGAGGUGUUUAAGAAGAUGCUUGAAUCAGACAAAUACAAGGUUUCGUCCAGGGUCAUGACAAUCACUUUCUCAAAGAUGAAACAAGAGGAGUUAGAGGCUUUCGUUGAGUUCAUUUACAGCGACGGAUCCACGCUCUCAGAGAAAGCAAAGCAACACGUUAAGUCACUCUAUCGUGCAGCUGGCAAAUUUGAGAUUCCGCAUCUACGUGACUUAUGCAGAGACGAGCUUGUAACAUCUCUUAACUCUUCGAAUGCUCUUAAAGUUCUUGAGCUCGCCCAAAUCCCUUUUGACAAAGCCCUCAGUGAUGCUGCCUUCACUGUUAUCAAAACCUUUAAAAGUGUGAUUUCUACCUCUUCCGAGUUCAAGGUUUUCGUCGUCAAUCACCCAGAUCUUACCGUCGAGAUAAUGAAGUCUAUCUCGACCAAUGUUCCUUACUGUUCUGUUUGUCGUCGUCGUCGUUGUUAUUAA